UAUUUUCAGUACAUUGAAAAAAUUGAACAAAUUUACCCCCAAUAUGCUAAAAUGUUCUAUGAUCGAAACGUUGCUACUAAAAUGACGGCUAGUGAUUUAUGGCUCGAACUGCAGAAUAAAAAUUCAGACUUGGGUCCCGGCGUCCAUGCCUUUCCUGAACCUUGGCCCAAAAAAAUGUGCCAUGAUGUCUCGCAGUUUCUUGUUCAUUUGAUGCUCAAAAAACUUCAGCUUCCGUUCAGCUUUGUGGAGAAGUUUCUAAGCAAGCAAACUGAACAAUCGCUUCAAGAUGCUGGGUUGUUUUACCUCUCGAGUAAAAAUGGUUCCAUUGGCUGGACAAUGGUACCCUGUUUUUCUUGUCGCUACAUCUCAACUAUGCCCAAAGGAUUCAGUGACAAGAAAAACCUAAAUUCAAUGCAUACGCACAUACAUCUGUCUCCUCAUGAAUAUUUUGCCAAGUUGGUUCGCAAAUUGAAUCGCGGAAAAGUUGUGAUGUUAUCCACUUCAGUUCCUUCGUUGGUACCCCCAGUUCCUUGGGUCAGCCAGAAUCACGGCGGCUACCUUUCAAGUCCCGCCAUGUUCAUGAGAGAUAGCAGAGAUGACACUUCUCUUGCCAAUAUGACUGACUUCAAGCGGAAAAUUGCGGCGGGCAAUUCGGAUGUGAUGAAUUUUCUGGACAGCGUGUUCACGUUUUCGUCGGUUCCUUGGAAAAUCAACAAGAAUGUUUUAGACGUUGUAAUGCAUUUGUUUCGCUCAGGUGGAAAUUUAGACCUGGAGAUUUCACUGUCGGAAGACGAAUGCGAGAAGUACUACCUUGAAAACGAACCCUGGGCUGAGGAAGAUGAUCUUAAUCCUUAUCUUAAACAGUGCUUAAUGAGAAAGGUGAUUAGGGAAAACUUUUCUCUACGGAUGACGCUUUUGUACCAACUGAGCAUUGCAAAUUUAGUCAAAGAUGAGAAGGCAUUUUGGUUGCCCAGCAAUAUUGACUUCAGAGGACGAUGCUACGACAUCCCACCUGUUUUCAACCAUAUUUGUGACGAUUGAACCCGCGCCCUGUUCUUGUUUGCUCAGGGGAAACCUCUUGAUCCCAAAGGAUUAACUUGGCUGAAGCUUCACUUAGCUAAUUUGACAGGAGAAUGCAAAAAAAUGGCGUAUGAAGAGCGACUUGGCUUCAUCGACGCACAUCUGCCUCUAAUUCUGGACUCUGCUCGAAAUCCUUUGGCCGGAUUGAAAUGGUGGACAACAUUAGAUGAACCUUUUCAAGCUCUUGCUGCUUGUUGUGAACUUUCGAAAGCGACCAAGUUAGCUAACCCCGAAGAUUUCAUAUGUCAUUUGCCGGUACAUCAAGACGGGUGCUGCAACGGGUUGCAACACUAUGCAGCAUUGGGACGUGACGUAAGCGGUGCCAAAAGCGUGAACGUUUUACCCUCUGAAGUCCCUCAAGAUGUGUACGGAGCCGUGUGCGAUAUUGUGCUGGAGAAGAUCCGGAAAGAAAAGCGGGAUGACUGUCGGGACAUUGCGGAACUGGUAGAGCCAUUGGUUAACCGAAAGGUCGUCAAGCAGACUGUGAUGACUCAAGUUUAUGGCGUCACUUAUUAUGGAGGCAUUUUGCAAAUAAGAGCCCGCUUAAAGGAAACCGAAGCCCUUGAUUCGAAGGAACUGUCACUGGCGACCUCAUAUGUUACUAAUCUUGUCUUCGCGAGUAUUGGAGAUCUUUUUGUGUCGACUGGAAAGAUCAAAACCUGGCUCAGAGAAAUCGCAAAUGAAAUUGCCAAGGCCGGGUUGCCAGUUCAAUGGGUGACUCCUUUAGGCCUGCAAGUCAUUCAAAGUUACACCAAGCGUAUGUCAAAUAAAAACUUCAUCAACAGUCCGACGAAUAACAUGGCGACGUUAAAUAUAGUUAGAACUCCGGCGGCUGCUAAACACAAGAACGCUUUUCCGCCAAACUACAUCCACAGCUUGGACGCAACUCACAUGUUGUUGACAGCUCGCUCUUGUUUCAAACAAGGAGUCACUUUUGCCCACGUGCAUGAUUGUUUUUGGACGCAUGCGUGUGAUGUUGAUGACAUGAACAAAAUAUGUCGCGAAGAGUUUAUAAACCUACAUAAACUGCCGCUAUUAGAGAAUUUCGCGGACUUCGUGACUAAUAAUUUGCUGCCUGUUAUAAAAGACGAUAGGCGAAAAGACAGACUGACAAAAUUAUUGAAAAAUAUUCCCCCAGUGGGUGAUUUGGACAUGGAAGAGGUGAAGAAGUCCGUUUUCUUCUUCUCCUAGUCAAAAUUACUGGUUCUGUAUCCUUUAAUGAAAAUUUAGAGUUA